UGGCUAGUGGGAGCCAGUGAGAGCCGACGUUAGGUCUGACCUCCAUAACAAAUCGCUAGGACAGUACAAGCAAAAUUAAAUGCUACGUAUUCCUUUUGAACGUGCUUUACAGGGGCCAUUUAGGCCCCUGGUUCUGUCCUCAGUGCGGCAUGUAACGAACAAGCAAGCUGAGAAGAUCGAAGUAUUCAUCGAUGACAAGCCCGUUCUCGUGGAUCCUGGCACAACAAUACUACAAGCUGCGGCUCUGGUCGGUGUAGAAAUCCCCCGAUUCUGCUACCAUGAGCGUCUGUCUGUGGCCGGCAACUGCCGGAUGUGUCUAGUCGAAGUGGAGAAGUCGCCUAAACCAGUGGCAGCAUGCGCUAUGCCUGUCAUGAAAGGCUGGCGUGUAAAGACUAACUCUGACAUGACACGCAAAGCUCGAGAAGGGGUAAUGGAGUUCCUACUGAUGAACCACCCCUUAGACUGCCCCAUCUGCGAUCAAGGUGGUGAGUGCGACCUGCAGGACCAGUCUAUGGCGUUUGGAAGUGACAGAAGCCGAUUCACAGACAUCAAAUAUACCGGCAAGAGGGCUGUAGAGGACAAGGACAUUGGCCCGCUAGUAAAGACCAUAAUGACCCGUUGCAUCCAGUGCACACGAUGCAUUCGUUUCGCCAGCGAAGUUGCAGGAGUUGAAGACCUAGGGACCACAGGGCGUGGUAACGAUAUGCAAGUAGGAACGUAUGUCGAGAAAGUGCUCAUGUCUGAGCUCUCCGGCAACGUUAUCGACUUGUGUCCCGUCGGAGCACUUACAUCGAAGCCGUACUCGUUCACUGCACGACCUUGGGAAACGCGUAAAGUAGAAAGUAUCGACGUGUUGGACGCUCUUGGCAGUAACAUCGUGUUGAGCACACGAACGGGAGACCUCCUCCGUGUGCUGCCUCGCACCAACGAUGACAUUAACGAAGAGUGGAUUUCGGACAAGACACGCUUUGCCUGCGAUGGUCUGAGACGCCAGCGCCUCACGACCCCCAUGAAGCGUGGAGAACACGGAGAGCUCGAGGCCUGCGACUGGAAAGAAGCUCUUGGUACAGUGGCUCGACGUUUGACCAGUGUACCUGGAGAAGACGUUGCUGCUGUGGCUGGCGGUCUUGUGGAUGCAGAAGCUUUGGUAGCCCUGAAGGACCUCCUGAACAGCCUUGGAUGCGAGACACUCUGCACUGAGGAGUUAUUCCCAAUGAACGGUUCCGGUACUGACCUUCGUUCCAACUAUUUACUGAAUUCUCGCAUUGCCGGAGUUGAAGAAGCAGACUUCAUUUUGCUGAUUGGCACAAACCCACGUUGGGAAGCAACGACCUUCAAUGCGCGCAUUCGGAAAUCCUGGAUUUACAACGACCUCAAAGUGGCUGUCGUCGGACCCAAGUUGGACCUAACCUACGAAUAUGACCACUUGGGUGACUCCCCCACUGUACUCCAGGAGAUUGCUGAUGGCAAACACCCAGUCAGCCAGGUGCUCAAGCAGGCAAAACGCCCUAUUGUCAUUGUUGGCAGCGUCGUUCUUCAGCGCCCAGAUGGAGCGGCCAUUCACAGCUUGGUACACCGCAUUGCGCAGUCAACCUCAGCACCUUCGCACUGGAAGGUGUUUAACGUUUUACACCGUGUGGCCAGUCAGGUGGCAGCUCUAGAUGUUGGCUACCAGGCUGGAGUCGCAGACAUCCGCAAGAAGCCACCCAAAGUGCUGUACGUUCUCGGAGCAGAUGAAGGUGCGAUAACAAGAAGCGAGCUGCCGAAGGACUGCUUUGUCAUCUACCAGGGCCACCAUGGUGACCGAGGAGCAGAGAUGGCCGAUGUGAUUCUACCUGGAGCUGCGUACACAGAAAAGCAAGCGACGUACGUUAAUACAGAGGGCCGUGCGCAGCAGACGUUGGUAGCAGUGAACCCUCCUGGAUUAGCCAGGGAAGACUGGAAGAUAGUAAGAGCUGUGUCAGAGUUCACGGGCACUCCUCUGCCGUACGAGACGCUGAACGAAAUCCGUGGGCGCAUGAACGAGUUGGCUCCUCAUCUGACACGCCACGGCGAGGUGGAAGAUGCUAACUACUUUGCUCAGGGACAGGCAAUGAUAAAGACAAUUAAAGCACAGCUGGGAGCACAGCCCCUGCAACCAACCCUUUUGAAGUUGGAUGACUUCUACAUGACAGAUGCCAUUAGCAGAGCAUCCCCUACCAUGGCAAAGUGUAUUGAGGCUGUGGCCAAGCAAGAGAAAAGUCCGUACUGAAGCUUGUUUAAAUAGAAUCGUGUACAUAGGUAGUCUAGACAGUUUCCAUUAGCUUAGUAAGCAGUUUUUCUGUAGAGUACUUUGAUGGUUCCUGGUACUGUUGUGAACAAGAAUGUGGUAUUGAAUGCCGUUUGGGUCUGGAAGUGGCUGAAUAAAGCUGUGAACUUAAAGCAUC